ACCCACAAAAGGAAGAAGAAGAAGAAGAAGAAGCAGGUUGUUUGGAUUGAAAACCGUACAACUGCUAUUGGGCUUCAUUCCAAAGUUUGUAUCAGUUCAUUACAUGAUUCACUGUUCGAUUUCUUACAUAAAGAUAAAACAACGCAACUUUGUAUGUACUGUUGGUGUACCAGCAGACGUGGAAAAAGGAUCCGAUUUGUUGUUGAUCUUUAGAUAAUUCACCAUGAACGUGGCUAAAAGCGGGUAUCGUGUUUUCUCUGCAAACUCCACGCCUGCAUGCACUGAACUCGCUAAGAAGAUUACUGAGCGACUGGGAGUUGAGCCGGGGAAAUCUGUUGUUUACCAGAAUCCAAACAGAGAAACCCGAGUUGAAAUCAAAGAGUCUGUUAGAGGCCAAACAAUCUUCAUCAUCCAAACCAUUCCCAGAGAUGUGAACACUGCCAUUAUGGAGCUUCUGAUUAUGGCAUAUGCCCUCAAGACAUCCUGUGCCAAGAACAUCAUUGGUGUGAUCCCAUACUUCCCCUACAGUAAACAGUGUAAGAUGAGAAAGAGGGGGUCGAUAGUGUGCAAACUGCUCGCUUCCAUGUUAGCUAAAGCAGGCCUGACUCAUAUAAUCACCAUGGAUCUGCACCAGAAAGAGAUCCAGGGCUUCUUCAGUUUUCCUGUGGAUAACCUGCGGGCAUCCCCAUUCCUGUUGCAGUACAUUCAGGAGGAGGUUCCUGAUUAUAGAAAUGCAAUCAUUGUAGCCAAGUCCCCAUCUGCUGCAAAAAGGGCUCAGUCUUAUGCGGAGCGUUUGCGUCUUGGUCUGGCCGUCAUGCACGGUGAAGCUCAGUGUUCAGAAUCGGAUAUGGCAGAUGGGCGGCACUCUCCUCCCUGCGUCCGCAACACUGGACACCCCGGCCUGGAGUUACCAUGCAAACAACAAGCUCCGUUCCCAGGCAUUGAGCUCCCAAUAAUGAUGGCCAAGGAAAAACCGCCCAUCACCGUUGUCGGAGACGUUGGAGGACGCAUAGCCAUCAUUGUUGAUGAUAUCAUAGAUGAUGUGGAGGACUUUGUGGCAGCCGCUGAAAUUCUCAAAGAGAGAGGAGCGUAUAAGAUCUAUAUCAUGGCCACCCAUGGCCUGUUGUCUGCAGACGCCCCACGUCUCAUCGAGGAGUCCGCCAUAGACGAGGUGGUGGUGACCAACACGGUCCCUCAUGAGGUGCAAAAGCUGCAGUGUCCGAAGAUCAAGACAGUAGAUGUCAGUAUGAUCCUGGCUGAGGCGAUCCGACGCAUUCACAAUGGGGAGUCCAUGGCCUACCUGUUCCGCAAUAUCACAGUAGACGACUAGCCAACAAUCACAUUUGUGUUAGAGGCAGAUGUGAGGUCCAGUUUGGGAACCAUUUGCCCUCUUGUGAGGUGUCAUACAUUGUCCAUAGUUACUGUAAAUUCUCAAACUCCUUUUAUCCUCCAAAAAAAUCAAAAUAAACUCCUAUCAACAAUUGACAGAACUGAUGUGGAUGUCUAAAAUAAAUUCAGUCAGCCUAGCAUUUACAGUAUACAUGUAAUUCUCUCAUUCUUUGACACAGAUAUGCCUUUACAAUCCAAUGCACUGAACGUAAUAUGCAAGAGUUCACCUACUUGAACUUCUGUUUUGUAACUUUGUUAUAUUCCAUAUUAAAGUUUUAAGUUUACUCUUAUGUAGAUUAUUUUAGAGUCAAGUUGGAAAACUGAGGAUUUCUUCGCUUAUCAGUAUUUUUUGGUUCAUUUUGCUGUGUUGCUUCAAAAUUAAAGGAAUCGUUCUCUCAAAAAUGAAAAUUCA